GUUUGUAAUUGUUCGGACCAUGUGGUGUAUUUUGGGUUUUAAGUCCUACCGAUUGUACGAGAUGGGGUCAAUGUAGCAAAUUGAGGCGAGAAAUCCAUGAGGUGCUAAAAUUGUUCUGGUAACGUCGUUGGACUUUUUAGAGAACCGUAAAUGGCAUGACAUGAAGGUUGUAGGUCGAUAGCUGGCAAUUCGCUUAGAUUUCUAUGGUUCAUCGACUUUCCAUAACUUUAGAUGUCGUCUUUGUGUUAAUACCCCCCAAACACACACAGAGAAUUUGUGAAGAUCGAAAGCUUAGCUUAGUCGUCAAACCAUAGCUUAAAACGUAAAUGAUUUCAGAGGCGGCUCAACUAACCAAUGAGACGGAAGUUAGCGAAAAUACCGAGAGGGGAAAUCGUUCUUCUCUAGAGUCAUCGCUUUUGGAGACCGUAAGGGAUGAAAUCAAAGAAAAGAUAGAGAAAAUUUUGGUCGACGUCCAAUUGUGGUCUGACACUGAGAAGUUGCUGCUCUACCUUAAAUUGCCCGGUAGUAAAUAUGGUGAAAAAAACAGAGACGAACAAGACCCUUACGCGAUACCUUUGUCGACGACCAGAGCUGAACAAACUCAAGCAUUUCAUUGGAUACGUUGCCAUUUAGAUGAAUGCGAAAAUAACUCCACUUUACCAAAACACGAAGUUUACGAUGAAUAUAGAGCGUAUUGUGACAGCGUUAAUGCCGUACGAGUUCUCAGCGCUCCGGAUUUCGGCAAGAUCAUAAAAUGUGUCUUCCCGAACGUGAAGGCGAGGAGACUGGGAACAAGAGGAAAUUCCAAAUAUUGCUAUAGUGGUAUUCAAAAAAAGCAAAUUGUCAAAUCACCACAGCUUCCAAAUCUCGUCGCACCAGUUGGCGGGAACUCGGGUAAUUCGUCGUUAUCACUAAACGGCGACAAAAUUGGUGAGGAACAAACAUUAAUAGCGGCAUGCGAUCUUGUUUGCGAGUGGGCAAACAAACUCUUGGGUCGUGUGUUCACUUCACUCAUAGAACUUGGAAAAUUAGUCGGUGGCAGUUAUGUUUCCAAUAAAUCCAUGGCCUCGUUCGUUGUGAUGUCUGGAAGCAACACUAGAUCAUAUGGAAUAUUAACUCUCACUGGCCGUAAAACCAACGAAGAAGAAGAUUCGACCAGCCUUAAACGCAAGCAUACUCAACAGCAUUUGCAACGAAAAAUCCAAGAACGUCAGGAACAUAAGCAACAACAGCAACAGCAACUCAACUUGCUACUCCAUCCGUCAACCCCAACUGGCAAGCAAUUCACGCCUAUUUUACCUCAAACGCACAAGGUCAACGAAGUCACCCUUGUCAAUGGCAUUCGAAUUCAGACUAAGCCUCAACAGCUUCAACUAUCGCCAAAGCUGAACAUUACUGGCAACCCGCACACAUCUGGCACACCUGUUAUUUUUAAUCAAAACACUCAGAAGACCAUUGGUCAUCUGCCCCCAUCUACUAAUCACAGUCCAGGCACUCCAUCCAUGAAAAGUCCCAGUGUUCAAUCUCCUUAUAAAACAAAGUCUCCUAAGCGCAAUGGUCCACUCACCCCACGGACCGGAACCAUAACAUCGAGCCCCGUCAGUACAACCCCGAAGUACACUCCUAACGGUGAAAUCACAAGAUUUGUCUUUACUCCAAUAAAUAAUGGAAUACCAGAGAAUAAGACCAUUUUACAUGGAGACAACUUAAGUCCACCUGCGCUGAAGAGACCCACUGCAACUCACCCUGAAGCAAGCAGCAACUGGAGUUCUCAUUCGAAGACUACACUUCGUUUAAAUGCCCCCAUAUUAGAGUUUGACCAACCUUUAUUACUCAAAGUUACUUCAGGGCCUAAUCGAUAUUCUCCAUUGCAAAAACAACAGAACAUGCGCAGUCUAAACAAAGUACGAACGCCAAUAUCAUCUCGCGACUCAAGAACAUUCCGGUAUCAGGUUGCUAUGCAACGGCCAUCGUCCUGUAAUGUAACCUUACCGACUAUUCCAUCCAAUUCUCAAGCGGCAAUGCAGGGCCUUUCUCAUUCAUCGCAAAACGCCUCCCUUCAGUUUAGAAACAUGAUGACGUCAGACUGUCGUUUUCCAAAAGCAACGACUCCAUGUUCUCCAACUCAACAAAUUCCCGUCAACCAGACUCUACUUGAUCAUCUACCAUCGGAGGAGGAACUGGAAGCUCUCUGUAGUCAACUAACGAACAAUAACGCAACCGCUGUACAAGCAAACCGAUGUCAGUCUGUUCCACCUCUCACUCAAAACUUACAAAACAUGAACACAAGCUUUCAACUGCUGACGCCGCAAGCCGACGGUCGUCAUCAGUUCGUCGCGCCACGCAUGGCAAACAUGUUAAGCGCAAAUUGUCAUCUGAUCAACACCAACGGCAGCUUCUUGAAUACAAAUGGUCACGUGUCUAAUGCUGGCACGCAAGUGGCUCUAGGCGCAUCAAGUGCAAAUGAAUGCGCGAGCAGUCCAAGCGUUCUUUCGACUAACAGAAACGCUGAUGAACUUAAGCAACUUAGAAAUCGUAUUUUACACGGCGAUACAAACAACAACAGCGGAGUACGUGAUGUACUUCAUGUAAACGGAACAGCUGCGUACGGUUCUCACCGUGCAAAACGUAAUUUAAUGGCAGAGCUGGAGAAUCCAUCCACUUGGACAAUGCCAACUUCCACUUUUCAGCAAAACAAGCAACAAAAUGUGACGUAUGACCCAUUAGCCGGGUUAGGUUUUGACGAGUUUGCGAUCGACACAUCAAAUGCUAAUUUAGAUAUUUUAGUGAAUGAUAUUUUGGUGGAUAACAAUGCGUUUCCUACGUCAUGGGGUACCAACGCGCCCGCAGUCACGUUGGACUAGUGUAUGCAACAGCUUGCUCAAGAUUUCUACUGACUGCAACGUUACACAAAGUUUACUAAGAGAUUCGUUUUACUUCUAUUUAUUAUUAUUCUUAAUGCUUGUACACAUUGUAAAAGGAAGAGGAGUUUUACGGGAAGAUUAUAUAUUUUAUUUCGUGCACAUUUUUUGAAAAUGCUAAAAUUACUCUGCUUUUAGAAGUUGAGGAAUAUGUGUAAUAUUAGUGCAUAUGAAUAUUUUAACCUGUCUUGUUUUGACGAAAAUUUUUUUGUAACCACUCAGUCUUCGUCAGAAACAAUUGUUUGUACUUAUUAAUGAUUACAUGAAGUAUGGAUUAAAAUGCUCGUUUUCUUGCUUA